CAGGUGCACCCCUGGGACUGGCAGCCUGCGGGCGGUCGCCGCUCCCCCCCCACCGCCGCCAACACUGAUGUAGUCUUUUUUUAUGGUAUAUCUAGCUUUUGCAAAUUAUAUCUAACUGAAUACUUAAGGCAGCUUGCUGGUGCUGGUGCUGGGAGGGGUGCGGUAUACGUAUGUUAAGGAACGCUUGCCCGCUGGGAACGAAAUGCCGUGUAGGCAAGCCCAGACAAGUACGGACGUGUUCUGUGGCUAAGGCAAUAUGCGCAUGGGCUAAGAGAAGGCAGCCAAUGGUAACAGUACAGCGUGUUAAGUGGGAGAAAGCUAUAUAAGGCUGAAGCAAGCCAAAUGGGGUGGUGCUUGCUUUGCGAACGAUCGCCAAGCACCCCUCUCUGCGCAGACUUGAAACAAUAAAGAUUAAGUUGGAUCCUCCACCCCUGUGUGUUUAUUGGCAAGAGCGCACCGGGCACGAACUCACACUGUCCUUUGGGGACAACAAUUUGGCACCCCAGAUGGGACCCCAUUGACCGCCUUGCCCGGUCCACCUCCUCGGCUCCGGCAACAGCUGUGGACGGCGCGAGGACCAGGCGCCACCGGCUCUUUUCGUCGGAGGUCUGACCGCCUCCUGGUUGUUUGACGGAGCCGUGGAGGGGCACAACAGCGCAACGCUUGGAGGAACAACUUAAUCCGACGGGAGGAGGGAGGUCUCAACGGACUGGUGAGCGUCUCUUUUGAUUUACGGAUAGCUUGGGUAAGGGAGGCGGCUUUAAAAGUUCCGACCACGUAGACACCCUAGGAGAGUAAGACCGGGUGGCAGUCCCGUGAACUCCCUUUAAUCAGUUUGGUUCUGAGGCCGAGCGGCGGUCACCAUCCAUUGUUUAAUAGAUGGGGACAACAACACCACCGUCAGCGUCUGUAGGCGGUCACCAGUCAAUACUGCCAGCGGCAUCCACGGGUGCUCGCCACCGCUGCAGCCACCCAUGGGCAAUCCCCACUCAAUCCACGCUUGCCACCAACAUCAGCAUGGCCGCCUGCGAGAGCUCACCGCCACCACUGCCCGCAGGCGCUUGCCAUGCCCCGCCAGCCUCAGGAGACACAAAGCAUUCAUGCCCCAAGGUUUAUUCAGGUGCCUGCGCAGCAUUGGUCAGAUUGAUCUAAAUAAUACUCAUAUUGGCGCCCGCUGCUUUUUCUUUUAAAUUUGAAUCUGCCCUUGGGCACAUAAAUGUUGGGAACCCCCGCUGUAAGGGGGAAGUUGCAGUUUCCCACAUUUUCCUCCUGCAAAGGAGAAUCCAUUUUUAAAGUCUUGCAACUCACUUUUGGGUCAUGACCCAUGGGUUCAGAAAUGCUGGUCUAGUCCAUGCCCCUGCUCAAAGCAGGACCGGCUGCAGCUAAAUCAUCCCAGCCAGGGCUUGGUUGACCUGCGUCUUACAAAAAAGGAUGGAGACUCCACAGUCUCUCUGGGUAGCCUGGUGCAGUGCUUUAUUAUUCUUAUAAUUUCAUUAUCAUCAUUUCAUUAUUAUUAUUAUCAUCCGCAAUUGUGUGCCAGUUCCAACUGGUGAUAUCUGGGAACAGUUCAGUUGUUAUAUGUGUCUGCACCCUCUGGGGCAGAGGAGCCAGUUUGUUUUGAGCAAAUGGCUAUGCUAGGACAGGAACAGCCGCGCACAGCCCUUACUCCGCAGUAAAUUACCCUGGGGUGAAAUUUUCGAUGGGGGAAUUUAUCUCAAAAAAGAGGGGUUGCGUGUCAUACGUUCGCUUUGGUUUUACAGAAUAAAUCAACUUCAGUAAAAGUGCCGUAUGCCUAUAUCCAAUGUUUCCCUAGGUUUAAAUGUCUGAAUGUCAGCCUCUAACAUAGUUAAAACAUUUGAAAGGCCGUCACUAAAAGAGCAAUCAUAGGCACUAAAAGACUGUGUGUCUGCAAGCUGAGAGAGGAUGUAGACAAGCCUGGAGAGGCAGGUGUCUGAUCCGAAUUACAGUUUCCUUGUCCCGUGGCCGGGUGAGCGGGCAUUGUUCCCUGCCAGGUGCAGAUGUGAGAGCCCGGAGACACUGCAAAGAGGGGGCUGAACAGAGGGCGAUGAAGAGUCCAGUACUGGCCAGAGGGCAGUUAGAUGGCAAGAUAGUACAGGGGAAUGGGUGCCCAUGGUGGGUUGUGGGGAGGCCUGUGACAUACUGAGUAUUACAAUUGUCUGUGGCUGCUGUUUGCACUGCAGUUACCUUGGGCAAGUGAUCCCUCACCCAGGGUGCAGUGGUGUCUGCCCCGUAGCUCUGUGAGUGGUGACUACUUUCUGGGGUAGGCUAUGGGAGAGAUCUGUGUUGCUUCAGCAAUGAAGACAGAGCCUCUGUGGCUGGAGGGCUUAAAAAUGUCUCUGUGGCUUCCUUGGUGAGAGAAGCCAGGUCCGAGCUGGAAUGAAGUGACUAAGCCUUGUCCCAGCAUAUUGGUAGGUCUGCCCCUGCGCCCGUGGUGGGGGGAACUGUGUUGUGAUGUGGACCAAAGGCCCAUCUGAAACCACCCUUCUCCCUCUGACAGGUUUCAGAGUGACAUCCACGCUUUGCUCACGGAGCGGUCCAGCCUUCUAGGGUGACAGGAGAGGGAGGGAGCUGCAGCAGGGAUGUCUCAGGGGCUGGUAACCUUUGAGGAGGUGGCCAUGUAUUUCACCAAGGGGCAGUGGGCUCUGCUGGAUCCCAAUCAGAGAGCCCUCUACAAGGAGGUAAUGCUGGAGAAUUAUGAAACGAUAUCCACGCUGGCAGGAUUUCUUGUUCCCAAACCUGACAUGAUCACCCAGCUGGAACAAGGAGGAGAGCCGUGGGUCCCAGACCUCCAAGGCUCUGAAGGAAGAGAGAUGUCAAGAGGAGCCCACACAGGAGUUUUUGGAAGUUCUUGUUUAAACAUGAGUUCGAAGCCCUCGAGUAGUGUUGGUAAAAGGAAGCACUUUACAAGAACAAUCCAGGAAAAAAUCUCAGCAAUUGAUCGUGUCAAAAGAGGUGAAUUAAAAGCCAAGGUGUGUCAAGAUUACGGGGUCACUGCUACCACUAUUAAUGACUGGCUUAAGCAAGAGUUUCGCCUUCGUACUCGACUCGCUGCAUCUGGUGGAUGGUCAACCGUAAAAACAUUAAAAAAAUCAAAAUAUGAUGAUUUGGAGGAUGCUCUGUAUUUAUGGAUCGAGGAUGUAAGAAGCAAGAAUUUGCCUCUGAAUGGACCCAUUAUUUGUGAAAAAGCUAAAGAGCUGUAUCGGGUAAUGAAUCCAGACACCCAUGAGGAGUUUCCUGCAGCAUCUGGUUGGCUUUGGCGCUUCAAAGCCAGAUACCAUCUUAGUAAUUUCACCAGCUUUCCAAGCGAACGCUCAAGUGUGAAUUUGACAGCUGCUGAGGAGUUUAGGAAAAGGUUUUCAGGAAUGGUGCAAGGCUACAGCCCACACCAGGUGUUUAAUGCCAGUGAAUUGGGCCUCUUCUGGAAGAAGAUGCCCAUCAAAACAUUUACAACCCUUGAUCAGAAGGCAGCACCCCGUGUCAAGCCAAGCAAAGAUCGGCUCGUGCUUAUGUUCUGUGCAAAUGCAUCGGGAAAUUUAGCAUUGAGACCUUUGCUGGUUUAUCGAGCCCAACAGCCACGGGUAUUGAAAAACACAACUAUGGAAAGACUGCCAGUUGUAUGGAAGUGGAAUAAAAAGGCAGGGAUGACAGCUGCAAUUUUUGAGGACUGGUUUGUUAAUGAAUUUAUCCCCACUGUGAAAAGUUACCUGAGUAAGAAGAAACUGGCUCAGAAAGCAAUUCUUCUAGUAGACAAUGCUGCUUGCCACCUUGAAUCAGUAAACACCUUUGAUGUGAAUUUUCAAGUGGUUUUUCUCCCUCCCAACACUGCUUCUAUCUUGCAGCCCAUGGAUCAGGGGAUAAUAACUCAGUUCAAGCGUUUGUACACAAGGAAGCUUCUCUCUCAUCUUGUUGUUGCCACCAAAGGGGACAUGGAAAAUAUUCGCAGGUCCUGGAAAGAGUUUACCAUCAAGAAUGCGAUUCAUUUGAUUGAUGAGGCCUGGCGAUGUAUAACCCCUUUAAGCUUCACAGCAGCCUGGUGCAGGCUAUGGGUGGACAUUGUUGCUGACAUACAGGAGUUUGAGUUGGACAGGGCACUGUCAAACAAAACAAAGAACUAAGACCUGGCAAAUCAGAUUCCCAGUGGAGGGUUUAACGAGAUAGGGGAAGAUGAUAUGGAAGAAUUUUUGGAAGACCAUUGUCAAGAAUUAACCGAGGAAGACAUUUUGGAACUGAGCAAUGCAACGGAAACAGAAGCAGAAGACAUCAAAGCAGAGGAGGAAUAUGGUACAGAUGCAUCAGGAAUGCUCCAAGUGGCUGAUCUAGCUAAAAUAAUGACUACAAUUUCCAGCCUCAGGCAGCUAAUUGAGGAGCAUGACCCUGAUCCAGCACGAAGCUUAGCAGCUACGAGGUGUGUCAGUGUUUUACAGUCAAUCUAUGAAAAGAUAUAUCACGAUAGUUUCCACAAGGAAAUGAUAACAGAAAAUGUCUGUGUUCAAACACAAUCCCUCUAGCGGUGUAUGUGAGCUAUGAACCAUGAAUUACGAACUAUGGUGUGCACUGUGAUUCAUGAAUUAUGAGAGAUGAUUUCUGUUGUUAUAUUAUAUGGUGCUAUAUUUGUGUUUGUUCUUUGCAGCCCCCACUUCUCCUGAUGCUGUUUUUCUAGCCAGCUCAGUGGUCAUGUAGUUCAAGGACAGCAGCCAUGGACUCCAUAUAAUUUCUCCUCCUGCUGCAAUCACUGCAUUCUUCCUAAUGGACAGUGCAGCCCAGAGCACAGCCAGGUUUUGCUGGCUACCCCCCAGGCUGGUCUGCCAACCCUCACCUUCACAAGAUAUUUGGAACCUAACCCUACAAACUGUCCAGGUUCCACUAUAUCAGGCUCUCAUAAAAUAUGUCCCAAAUAAGCCCAUCUUUUACUUUGUUCUGCUUCUAUUGCUGUGGGCAGCUAGGCCCAUUCAAGGACCUCCUCCUUGCCUCUUCUAACAGUCCACUGUACUGUGAAUAGUCUAAAGAGCCUCCAGAUGGGAAAGUUAUGUUAUUUGCAUUGGAUGAACUGUGCUUCAGAUAGGAGGAUGCUUCAGGCUCAGCCCUUGUCUACAUUAUAACGCUCUUUUGGCAGAGCUACAUCAGCUAGGGGAGGGUGAAAAGAUCAUAAUUCAUAGCCAAUGUAGUUCUGUCAGCAAAAUCCUUGGUGGGGGGCACCUCUGCCAGCAGAAUAAGGCUUCAGCCAAUAGCCAACAUAGCAAUGCCACAUAAGUUAAAGGGGCAGUCGCUCCAUAGUAUAACAUAGCCUUUGUUUGUUCUUCAGGGAGGUUGCUAUUUUAACUGAAGUGUGACAGCACAACAGUGGCUGUAAUCCCUGGUGGGGAUGCAGUCUGUCGGAAGUAGGAUUUGUGUCUGCAGCCAAAGGCACACCCACCACUUUGGAUGGCAGGAGCUGCCUUCUGCCAGCAGAGCUGUGCCCACCCUGAAGGUUUCACUGGCAGAGCUUUCAGCUGUGUUGCAUGAUUGUUUCACUCCCCUGGCUGACAUAGACAUUGUUCAGGUUACAAGUCGACCUUUUCUUCCCUCAGAACUAACCAGAAAAAUCCCACGUGACUUACAUGCUGAUCAACCUACAGUUGGCUACCCCUUUCCCUCAUUUGAUUGGCAACAAACCUGAUUAGAGAAGAAUACAAUGCAGCCAUGAUGGGAAUAACUUGUUACUUUGUCAGAGUACACCAUCUUUCCCAUGGUGAAACACCUGUUUUAUUCUAAUUUCAUCCUUCUAUAAUAACGGCUUUUAAAGUUGUGGAUAAAGUAGAGGUGAGAAAAGCAGUGAAGUUGCAAGUGAACCUAGGAAAGAAGUCGUCGUGAUGCCAGUUUCAAGUUGAUUGUCAUGAAUUACGUGGAGCAAUGCAAUAACUGCCAGGCAGCCAAAAAUACAGGGUGUUCGAAAAAAACCCUCUGUGACUGGUGAAAAAUGAAAAGUUGAAAAAUGUCUGGCUGAUACUCAAGGCUUUUUGAAGGCCAAAGAGUGGGAAAUUCCAGGAAACAGAGCAGUGCAUGGUUGAAUGCAUCCAAGAAAAACAUGGGGGCUUCCAAUCACAAAGGAAAUGAUACAGCUGAAGACUUGGGAACCUACCUGUGAGUUAAAUGUAUGUAGGAAAGAAUUUAAGGCCAGUCUGGGUGUGUGCAGGCAAAUAAUGAAGAGAAAUGGGCUCCCUCUGAGAAGGACCACCCUUGCGCAGUGUCUGUCCAACUGUUUCAGUGAAAAGCUGAUCGCUUAUCAGCAACACGUAUUUCACCUUAGAGAAGCCCAGUUACAAAACUGGACAAACUGGGAAUGCAGAUGUGACUCCAGUAUGCUCCAACGUGCCAAGCAAUGGUGGAGAUACAGGAUUCCAAGCCCAGCCUUAUGAAACUCACGGGAAAUGAUAAAAUGAGAAUCACCAUGAUGUUAGGCAUUCUAGCAGAUGGUACAAAAUUACCCCCUUACCUUGUGCUUCAGCAGAAAAACCCUCUUGAGGAGAAAUUUCCCAAAGGAGUGUUUGUCCGCUGUCAGAAGCAGGGGUGGGUGACAAAAGAGCGAAUGAAAGACUGACUGGAAGUUGUGUGGAACAGAUGCCCAGGACCUCUUCUGAUGUAACAAGACAUGCUCAUUCUGCAACCAUUUUGGGGAUGCAUCACUGAUGACGUGGAAGGGAAAUUGAAGGACACGAACAUGGAUCUGGUCAUUGUGCCCAGGGGCAUGACCCUCCCAGCUUCAAGGGCUGGACAUUGUCAUUGCCAUUUCAGGACCGGCUUUGUUCCCUUUGUAUGGAAUGGUUACUGGAAAGCAACCAUGCACUUGCUCCAAGAGGGAAGAGUCUUCUGUUGCCCAGUUGUUGGAGUGGGUUUUGGAAACAUGGAAGAGCAUCUGCAGUGAAUUAGUUGUGAAGGGCGUUAAGAAGUGUUGUGUUACAAGGCAUGGAAGAUAAUGUGCUGUGGGAAAAUGAGGUAGGAAGCCCUGGUGGGAGCGAUAGCAAGGAAAGUCAAUUUGGCUACAGCGGUAGUGACAAAACUGCAAGUGAAACCAGUGUGGAUUUAGUAAUGGACCCUGGACGGGAUGUGUGGACAUUCUUUCCAUGUAGCCCAGCAACUUGAUUCUCCUACCUCAGUUCUUUGAGUUUCGUUUCCUUUCUGUAUAAAGACAAACUGAACUGGAGAAAUUCAGCCAAUAGAUAUUCAUUAAAUAAUCUCAACUUUUGUACUUGCAGUAUUUUUCUGCAUGCAAUAAAAAUACCAACUCGUCCUUUUUUUAAAAAUUUCA